ACCGACGAUGCUGACCUCUUUGCCAUCAGUAGGCUUAUCUCUCCACGAGCAUCUCCUCCAACAGCCACCACUGAACGUCGCCUCAGUGGCCUAGAUCUUUUCUCCUCUCCUGAUCCCCCUUUGCCUCUCCUUGUAUCAACUUCUCCAACCGGCGUACCGGUUCCACUUUCGACAAAACUUUUUUCCCAACCUGUUUCAAAUGAAGCGGCACUCCACUCGACCUCACCUGAGAGGAUGCCACCGACUGGAUCCCUACUUCAUGAAACUCCAUCUGUGUAG